GAUAGUGACACACCUAGACAGGACCAGGUGAUACAAACAUUUCGGAUUGUUAAUUAACUCCCAGUAAUAUUGGAAAAUAAAAUACUUUUACAAGAUUGUAUUACAAGAAAUUAAAUAGGAACGUCCACUUGACUACAAAGGAUGCCGAUAUUUGUUUACUAGUUACAACACGUUCCUUAUGCAAUGAUGCAAUAUACAUAAACACCCCUUGUUUACUUACCUGCAUAUAAUAUAUACCCGGAUAACAAAGCCUAUUGUAAUAUUAUACCUGUGAGUAUCAAUAUUUGGACAAUCAAGUCUACAACAGCCUGGGAAACCAUCAUUUGAUAACGCAACAUACCGGGGAGAAACAUUCAAUAGGGCCGAUUAUUUAAACAUGGCUAUCAAGUACCAAGAGUUAUGAUGAUUUAAAAACUGCGAGAAAAUCAAGGAGAUUAGAAAUAAACCAUUAUUACAAAAUGAUUCGACAGAUAAAUUACUUCUUUGUCCUGACAUUGUGUUUUACUUCUUAUGUAAACAGUCAAUGUACCGGUGCACCACCACCACCUUUUCAGAGCGUCCAGGAAACAGAUGAACCCGGCUAUGAGUUAUUUAAUCUAACUGGUAAUAAUGCUGUGUGGUCGUUUGCAAUCACCAAAGAUGAAGAUGUCUUCAAACAAUACUUCAACUUUGACCUGCAUAAUGAAACUUACUACUUCUCCCUUAACCAGACUUUAGAUCUAGAGGACAUCUUUAAUAAUACGGGUAUACGUCUGACAAAUAUAAUGAUGAAGUUUUACUGUACCAGUAGCGGCCUUACACAGAAUUAUGAUUAUUUUUUGGGAGUUACUGAAGUCAACGAAUUCCCACCCAAUUUUAUCAACCAGCCAUUUGUACGAAAUAUUACAGAGGAUGCUAGUAUUAAUACACAGUUGAUUAUCCUCAGUCAACAUGCUGAAGAUAAAGAUCUAAACCAGUCGAUGAAUGAAAUACAAGGAUUUAAAAUACACGAUUAUAUUCCUGUAGAGCUUGAUGGACAGACGAAGUUCGAAAUGCCGAAAGCUCAAGAUGGACUAAUUCGGUUGAAGUCACCUCUAGACUAUGAAACGAUGGAUGAUAAAUUGUAUAUAUUAAACGUUUCAGUACAAGAUCGAGGUGGAUUAAUGGAUUACGCCUUGAUAACCGUGAAUGUGAUAGACGUCGAUGAUCAGCCACCAGAAUUCUAUUAUGAAGGGUGUCAGACCAAACCGUGUUCUAUUUUCUACCAGACUUCCGUUGCCGAUGAUUAUGUGGGUGAUUUAACCAGCUUAACACCAGCUUCAAUAUACGCACGUGACCGAGAUACGCUUGGUUAUCCAGUUCGUUACAGUAUUGUUAAUGGUGAUAUAACCAAUAUAACUAAUUACUUCCGUAUUGAUGACAUCACUGGUGUCGUCACUGUUUUACGUGUUCUAAAAGAUAUUGAUAUCGCCAGUUUUAGCUUAACUAUUAAGGCCGAAGAAGUUUCUACCAAUCGACAUUCAACAUCGACGUUUUUGUGGGUGACCAUAUUAGGACGUACUACUGAUGGACCAUCGACACAGAUUGUGACUCAGUUGAUACGAGGAGAAGACAGCACUCUAAAGAACGCCAUGAUAGCCCUGGCUGUUAUCAUUUUCAUCAUCAUCAUUGUCUUCAUCGUCAGUAUAUUCUUUGUUAGGAAAAGGUACCGAAAGCCAGCAGUCUCACCAUUGGACCUUUCUCCUGCCGGAAGUGAAAAGGGAACGGAUGAUGAAGAUUUAUCAAUCAGUGACAGUGACAAUUGGCCGUCACCCAUUCCGCCUGGUAAACAAGAGCGAAUCAUAGCCUCGCUUCCAGAAGGUCGGGGGUCACUUCCGCCCAUUCAGUAUGUGGAAACCGAGAACGAGACACCUAGUCAGUACCAUCAGAAUAUUACGCAAAGUACAUUACAACGAACAAGUUCAAAGCGAUCGCGUAAACGCAACCGUGAGAACGAAAGAAAUGAAAUGUACGACGGUACGAGGGAGUACGAAGGAACGGCAGAGUGUGAUUUCUUCACCAACAAGGACAAAACUAAAAUUAAACAAUCAUCAAAGAGUCGCAAUGUUGAACUUGAUCCAAAAUACUGGAUAACAGUAGAUAAUGAUUAUUAGUCAUGUCAUAUCAAUAAACGCGUCAUAUCCGGAUGAUAUUAAUAAACACGUCAUAUCCGGUUGAUAUCAAUAAGCACAUCAUAUCCGGUUGAUAUCAAUUAGCACAUCAUAUCCGGUUGAUAUCAAUAAGCACAUCAUAUCUGGUUGAUAUCAGUAACCACGUCAUAUCCGGUUGAUAAUCAUUAACCACGUCAUAUCCGGUUGAUAUCAAUAAGUACGUCAUAUCCGGUUGAUAAUCAAUAAGCACAUCAUAUUGGACUAAUAUCAAAUGUCUAUAUACCAUCCUUCCUAAAUUAAAUCGUUUAAUAGUAUGACGGGCAUUUUAAAAUAUAUAAACAUAUUGUAAUCGCAACGAACCAUAGAUGCAAGUAAAAGUAAAUUAGUGAAACAUGAACGUCUUUUGGUUGAGAAUUGUGUCGGAAGCGAAAUCAAGUAAUAGUCUUUUGGCCCGAACCUAGAGUCAUUACUCUAUGAUUUAAAUUUUCUACUUAUCUAUUGGUUAGUGAUAUCGACAUAUUCUGUGUAAAUUAAGAAACCUUUUUUUUAUGAUUGCGACCGUGAUAGGUGUGAUUGUAAGUUUAUAAAUGAAUGUGAAGAAGUGAUUUACUGACCCACGACUUGUAUCUGUGACAGAGAAACGUUGUGACUAAACGUGUUAAAGAUUAUAUAUUUUAUACCCUCUAAAUAAUCUCCAAGUUAGUGCUGCCUUGUAACUUAACGACAUGAAUUAAUAUUGUUUGUUUUAUAGAGGUGUCAAGCGUCUGUGAUAUUUAAAACAUACUAAAACUAAAUGUAACCCAAACAAUAAACUGCUGUUUCCGUUUAUUUAUUCAGAAUAUCUGAAUCAGGCCCGUAGCCAGCGGGGGGCAAUGGCGGGGGGCAAUGCCCCCCCCCCCCUGAAAAAAAUGUUAUUGCCCCCCCUCCCCCCACGAAAAAAAAGUUACCGAAAAAAAUUUCCGACUAUAGCUCUAAAAUACCAGACCCUAGUGUAGUAAAGACAAGACAAGUAAAACAACAUUUUGAACUAUAAAAAACGAAACGAAAUAGGAUUCGUGUUUUAAUCAGAUUGAUAGUAUGUCAAAGAUGUAAUACGUGUUCCAGACUAAGUAAGCAUACACUGCAGCGCGCAUGGCACCCCUUUCUAUUAUAUAUGAAAAAAUGAAUUAAAAUCGUUGUAUAACAUACGAUUAGGUAUAUAUCGUAAUAUUGAACCUUUGAUUUGAUCGUGUGUCAAUUUCACCGAGAAAAUGAUCUCUAAUAAUUUAUUACUACAUUGUUAUGAGUUCAUAAAACAAGUAACAUUGAAAAUAACGUCAUUUAAACCUAAAUAAUUACGUCGAGUGAUUCAUGACAUCGUUGUCAACCAAACAUGGAAAAUGACGUAAAUUACGCCAUUGGCAAUGACCAAUGAAGUUAUUUAUCCAUAUUACGACGUCGUUAUUAGCAAUGACGUCAAAUGCCAUAACGAAUAUCCAGUCACUCUGGGCUGAUAGCUGGUAGACCACAUCAUGGACCAGAAAGAAAUACAACUAAACGGUGCUAUGUGUGUCUUUUAUUUCCAUUUGCAGUAAUGCUAGGUUCCCAGUAUCACGAUUCGCGUUACGAUUGGAAUCGUGGUUUUAAUCGUGGUAAUCCUAUCAGGUCUUAUCAUAUAUUGAGGUCAGUCGUAGCAACCGUGUUGACCGUAUCCGAAGGUAUCUGCAUGUACCAGCUCGUGGACUCAAUAGGGACAACCUUGUCUUAAAGAAUCGCACGACAGUUGGAACCUAGCAUAAACGAACGAUAAAGCAAUGUAUCAUAAAUUGAAUGUUUUUCACUAUGUCACAUGUUUAUUUAUUUUAACACAUUUUAAAUAUUUGUAUAUAUACACAAUAGUUGAAUGCUAUUAUCGUAAAUGUUGUAAUUUUAUAAUCGUGAAUGUUUUAAUUUGUAAUUUUAUAAUCGUGAAUAUUGUCAUUUGUAAUCUUAUAAUCAUUUAUUUAUAGUUAAAUAAUUCAUUAGUUUCAUAACCCUAACCUGUACAGAUUUAUAUUUCGUUUCGUUUUUAUACUUUCAAUAACCUACGCUACAUGAAGAUCUGACCAGUUUUACUGGAAGGUCGCGUCAGGGGUCGUACUAGCGGCUUUUGAGCCUAUGAUGUCAGACAUUGAUUAAUCAAUAAGCGUUGACGUUUCUAGUGGUUUACCCACAGUUCCGUGCAUCACACGCCAAGAACUCGUCGUAGCGGACUGCUUCAUUGGCUAAUCCCUCACAUUAACCAGAACGCGGCUUAUAUAUCAACUCUUUCAGAUCCUAGUGUAGUGAAGACAAAUAAAUCGAAAUUUUGAAUUAUAAAAAAACGAAAAGAAAUAGGAUUUGUGUUUUAAUCAGAAUACAGCUUUAAACUAAAUAUCUUUAUUGUAGGCCUAAUUUAGUACAUCCCCAAACUAGAAUAUACAGCCUUAAACUAGAAUACAACGUCAACACAAGUAUUUUUAUUGUAAUUUAAUGUUAUAAUAUAGCUUUAACCGAGAAUAUAACUUUAACCUAAGUGUCUGUGUUGUAAUUUAAUGUUAGAAUACAACUUUAAACCAAGUGUCUGUAUUUUAACAUAGUGCUAGAAUACAACUUUAACCCAUGUGUCUGUAUUGUAAUUUAGUGCUAGAAUACAACUUUAACCCAAGUGUAAAUUAAGUGUUAGAAUACAACUUUAACCUUAGUGUCUGUAUUGUAAUUUAGUGCUAGAAUAAAUUUUGACCCAAGUGUCUGUAUUGUAAUUUAGUGCUAGAAUACAACUUUAACCUAAGUGUCUGUAUUGUAAUUUAGUGCUAGAAUACAACUUUAACCUAAGUGUCUGUAUUGUAAUUUAGUGUUAGAAUACAACUUUAACCUAAGUGUCUGUAUUGUAAUUUAGUGUUAGAAUACAACUUUAACCUAAGUGUCCGUAUUGUAAUUUAGUGUUAGAAUACAACUUUAACCUAAGUGUCUGUAUUGUAAUUUAGUGUUAGAAUACAACUUUAACCUAAGUGUCUGUAUUGUAAUUUAGUGCUAGAAUACAACUUUAACCUAAGUGUCCGUGUUGUAAUUUAGUGCUAUAAUACAACUUUAACCUAAGUGACUGUAUUGUAAUUUAGUGUUAGAAUACAACUUUAACCUAAGUGUCCGUGUUGUAAUUUAGUGCUAUAAUACAACUUUAACCUAAGUGUCUGUAUUGUAAUUUAGUGUUAGAAUACAACUUUAACCUUAGUGUCCGUGUUGUAAUUUAGUGCUAGAAUACAACUUUAACCUAAGUGUCUGUAUUGUAAUUUAGUGUUAGAAUACAACUUUAACCUAAGUGUCCGUGUUGUAAUUUAGUGCUAGAAUACAACUUUAACCUAAGUGUCCGUGUUGUAAUUUAGUGCUAGAAUACAACUUUAACCUAAGUGUCUGUAUUGUAAUUUAGUGUUAGAAUACAACUUUAACCUAAGUGUCUGUAUUGUAAUUUAGUGUUAGAAUACAACUUUAACCUAAGUGUCUGUAUUGUAAUUUAGUGUUAGAAUACAACUUUAACCUAAGUGUCCGUAUUGUAAUUUAGUGUUAGAAUACAACUUUAACCUAAGUGUCUGUAUUGUAAUUUAGUGUUAGAAUACAACUUUAACCUAAGUGUCUGUAUUGUAAUUUAGUGCUAGAAUACAACUUUAACCUAAGUGUCCGUGUUGUAAUUUAGUGCUAUAAUACAACUUUAACCUAAGUGACUGUAUUGUAAUUUAGUGUUAGAAUACAACUUUAACCUAAGUGUCCGUGUUGUAAUUUAGUGUUAGAAUACAACUUUAACCUAAGUGUCCGUGUUGUAAUUUAGUGCUAUAAUACAACUUUAACCUAAGUGUCUGUAUUGUAAUUUAGUGUUAGAAUACAACUUUAACCUUAGUGUCCGUGUUGUAAUUUAGUGCUAGAAUACAACUUUAACCUAAGUGUCUGUAUUGUAAUUUAGUGUUAGAAUACAACUUUAACCUAAGUGUCCGUGUUGUAAUUUAGUGCUAGAAUACAACUUUAACCUAAGUGUCCGUGUUGUAAUUUAGUGCUAGAAUACAACUUUAACCUAAGUGUCUGUAUUGUAAUUUAGUGUUAGAAUACAACUUUAACCUAAGUGUCUGUAUUGUAAUUUAGUGUUAGAAUACAACUUUAACCUAAGUGUCUGUAUUGUAAUUUAGUGCUAGAAUAUAACUUUAACCUAAGUGUCUGUAUUGUAAUUUAGUGCUAGAAUAUAGCUUUAACCUAAGUGUCUUUACAAAUUUAUAUUUAUUUAUAAAGUGUCUUUUUUAUAAUCUGUAUAUAGUUUAAUAUAUUAUUAAAAACUUCCAAACUUA